UGAUUAGUUCAAUUUAGAGAAGAAAGGUAAAGAAGGAAUGAAGAAAAUUCAAUCCGAUCGAAUGCAGUUUUGACGUCCGCUAGGAGACACUCUCUCUCCUCUCUCUCCCUCUUCACUCUCUCUCUCUCUCUAUAAGAUACAGCGCAAAACAGGGAACUCUGUUUCUCUCUCCUCCCCCUCUCCUCUCUCUCUACACAGCCCCUCCCUCUCUACACACAGACUAAUGAGAUUGAUGGAUUGAAGAAGGCUUCGAACGAAGAUUAUACACAAAAAUAAUAACUAUUAUAUAUAUUUAUACAUGUAUCUGUUUAAUGCACAUGAACGAAAGCAAGUUGAAGAGGAAGAGUAAUAGUAGAUUAUGUUCAAAUUUCGCGAGUUACAGUGUGUUGUACGAUCGCAAUCUGCGGAGUUUUCAGAGACUUUAACUUUUGAAUUCAUACUUUGAAUGGUUCAAGGUGAAGUAGAUCUAUAACUUGCCAAAUUCUGCAGUGAUUCAUGCAAAAUUUGGCUGAAGGUUGUUUUCUCUCCGAGUCAAGGCAAUUCUAGGAUGUUCAGAACCCAAGCUUGUUGCUUGCUUUUGGUUUUAUUGUGUAAUUUACUUGUGCUCGCUAACACUGAACACCAUAUGUUUCGGCACAAAGGUUUUCUAAUUCUCUUGGUGCACAAUAAGGACUCUCGAAUUUCUACCCCGUGGUUGUGAAUCUAAUAUGACUGCCAGUUCGAUUAAAGCGCCCGAAGUUGUGCAUUUUUUUCAGUAAUUGUUGUUUACUUGCAUCUUGUGGUGCUGAGUGUUGAAUUCAUGUUAUUUUAGAUAGUUUUGUACUUGGUGUUUGUAGAUUGUAAUUUUGGAAUUAUGAUGCCCUCGGGUCCUCCCACUCCUAUCAGUGGUGCCCAGUCUGUUCCGUCUUCACUACUGCGAUCGAACUCUGGUUUGUUGGGUGGUCAAGGGGGUUCGUUGCCUUCACAGAAUGCAUUCCCGUCUCUCAUGUCACCUCGUACACAGUUCAAUAGCACGAAUAUGAUUGGGAAUGUGCCCAAUGUUUCAUCGCUCCUCCAUCAGCCUUUUGGAAAUGGGGGUAUAAAUUCUGGACUUUCUGGUCCCGGGAGUACACCACGGGGAGUUAUGGACACUGGGGCUGAGUCCAAUCCUCUUUCCGGUGUUGGAAAUGGAAUGGGCUAUAAUACCCCUUCGUCAUCAUUCUUACCAUCCAACAUGGCAAAUGCUGUUUCAUCGGGUCAAGUUCAGGCACAACAAUUCCCAGACCCUUCUGGCAAUCAUAUAUUACCGGAUCAACAACAGUCCCAACAACUCGAAUCUCAAAACUUUCAAAAUAAUCAGCAGCCAUUACAACAGUUCUCUGCCCCGCACAACCAGCAGCAGUAUCAAACAAUCCGGGGUGGAUUAGGUGGUGUUGCUCCUGUCAAGCUGGAACCUCAGGUGAUGAAUGAUCAACAUGGACAGCCACCACAGCAGUUGCAGCCUUUGAGAAAUCUUAAUCAAGUGAAACUGGAACCGCAGCAAAUCCAGGCUAUGAGAAGCCUGGCUUCUGUCAAAAUGGAACCUCAACAUUCGGAUCAGUCAUUGUUUCUGCAUCAACAGCAGCAGCAGCAAUUUCUCCACAUGUCCAGACAAUCCCCUCAGGCUACUGCUCACAUGAAUCUUUUGCAUCAUCAGAGACUCUUGCAGCAGCAGCAGCAACAGCAGCAACAACAACAGCAGCAGCAGCAGCAGCAGCAACAGCAACUCUUGAAGGCUUUUUCUCAACCACGAUCUCCAUUACAAUCUCAGUUUCAAUCACAGAGUACAACUUUGAGGUCUCCUGCAAAACUCGCAUACGAACCUGGGAUGUGUGCCCGGCGGCUGACACAUUAUAUGUAUCAGCAACAACACAGGCCUGAGGACAACAACAUUGAGUUUUGGAGAAAAUUUGUUGCUGAGUACUUUGCUCCCAAUGCCAAGAAGAGGUGGUGUGUUUCUAUGUAUGGAAGUGGUCGCCAGACGACUGGAGUGUUUCCUCAGGAUGUAUGGCACUGCGAAAUAUGCAACCGCAAACCAGGCCGUGGAUUUGAGGCAACUUUUGAGGUUUUGCCCAGGCUUUUCAGAAUCAAGUAUGAAAGUGGUACUCUGGAGGAACUUUUGUACGUUGAUAUGCCCAGGGAAUAUCAGAAUUCAUCUGGCCAAAUAGUCCUGGACUAUGCAAAAGCUAUCCAGGAAAGCGUUUUUGAGCAACUUCGAGUUGUCCGUGAUGGUCAACUUCGAAUAGUUUUCUCUCCAGACCUAAAGAUAUGCUCUUGGGAAUUUUGCGCUCGGCGUCAUGAAGAGCUUAUCCCUAGAAGAUUGUUGAUACCUCAGGUUAGUCAACUUGGGGCUGCGGCUCAGAAAUACCAGGCUGCAACUCAGAAUGCAUCUUCCAGUUUAACUGUCCCAGAGUUGCAAAAUAACUGUAACAUGUUUGUCACAUCAGCUCGUCAAUUGGCAAAAGCAUUGGAAGUGCCAUUGGUAAAUGAUUUAGGAUAUACAAAGAGAUACGUGCGAUGCCUUCAGAUAUCAGAAGUGGUUAAUAGCAUGAAAGAUUUGAUUGAUCACAGCCGAGAAACUGGGACUGGACCAAUGGAGAGUUUGGCCAAGUUCCCUCGGAGGAGUAGUACUAUAACCGAAAUUCAUGGUCAAUCUCAACAACCUGAGGAACAGCUGCAGCAGCGAACAGUUGCUCAGACCUCAAACAAUGAAAACUCUGUCCAGGCCACUGCGAUGCAACUUGCUUCUAGUAAUGGUGUGCCUAUUAUGAAUAACCCUCUCAACUCAGCAUCUGCCACUCCCUCCACAAGCACUAUUGUUGGGCUUCUUCACCAGAACUCAAUGAACUCCAUACAACAAAACCCCGUGAACAAUGCAAAUGGUCCCUAUGGUGGAAGCAGUGUUCAGAUACCCUCCCCUGGUCCCUCGAGUACGAUACCACAGGCUCAAUCCAAUUCUUCUUUCCAAUCACCAACACCUUCCUCAUCUAACAAUCCCCAGCAAACUUCUCAUUGUGGCCUGACAACAGCAGCUCACAUUAGCACUGCAAAUUCACCGAACAUUUCCAUGCAACAGCCUGCUCUAUCAGGUGAUGCUGAUCCAAACGAUUCUCAGAGUUCUGUCCAGAAAAUCAUACAUGAAAUGAUGAUGUCAUCCCAACUCAAUGGUGGGACUGGUAUGGUAGGUGCUGGUUCAAUGAUUAACGAUGUUAAAAAUGUUAAUGGAACAUUACCAACGAGCAAUGGCUCAGGUAGUAAUGGCAGCAACUGCCUCAUGGGAAAUGGGACAGCUAGCAGUAAUUCAGGGGGGGCAGGAUUUGGAGGCAUGGCUAGUGGAUUUGGUCAGUCUCCCAUGAUUAACGGAAUGCGAGCUCCAAUGGGUAAUAACUCCAUGACUAUGAAUGGAAGGGUAGGCAUGACAACAAUGUCUAGAGACCAGGGUAUAAAUCAUCAACAGCAGGAACUGGGGAAUCAGCUGUUUAAUGGGCUUGGAGCGGUAAAUGGGUUCAGUAAUCUUCAAUUUGAUUAGGAGAUAUCUCCUUGAAGUGUUCUGAAAAUGCCGUUGAUGUUCUGUUCCUCAACCAGCUGCUCGUGCAGCACCGCAAGUUUCAGUAUAGCCUUUGGCUAUCAGAAAAUAGCCGCACAUGACAAAAUAGUCCCCCUCUCACUUUGUACUAACCUCAGAAAAAGGAACAUAUAGCAUAGUGUUUUCUCAUUAAAUUAUUAUAUCAACCUCAGUUGCUUCAUUUUCUUGGAGCGUUGUUUCACCUUGAUGGAUGUUUCGUUAUAGCUGCUCAUCCCUGCUGACAACCUCGGAAUGGGAAUUCGCGGAGUGGAUGUUUCCUGGUGAAAGUUUCUUGAUAUCUAAUUUCUGUGUAUCCAUUUUCCGAGUUCUUUGUAAACUAUAGUAUAUGCAAAUCUCUCUCCCUCUCUCUCUACAUGAGUGUAUAGUUUGGUUUGUUUUUGAAGGAAUUCUAGUGUAGUGUUUUAUCAUUGAAAUUUUAUAUCAUCCUAAGUUGCUUCA